ACGCACACCACGCGUCUCUCUUCUGGAAAAUGGCUGCUGUGUACAUGAUGCGAACCUGAAUGGACAGAAAACAGCCCAAAACAUCUCAAUAUCCCCCUUCUUCCCUCCUCUGCGUCCCACUCGUGCGUUUGCGCGUAAACGAAGCCGAUUUUAACCCAGUGUGAAGAACUAGGAUGAUAAUAUGACCCAGAAAAAGAAGAAGCGAGUGAAUCGCAGUUUGUUAUUGGCGAAGAAAAUCAUCAUCAAGGACGGAGGAGCGCCUCAAGGCUUCGGUUCCCCCAGCGUUUAUCAUGCCGUCAUCGUCAUCUUUCUGGAGUUCUUCGCUUGGGGUUUGCUGACUGCACCUACUUUAGGAGCUCUUCAUGAAACGUUCCCGAAACACACGUUUCUCAUGAACGGCUUGGUUCAGGGGGUCAAGGGUCUGCUGUCGUUUUUAAGCGCUCCUCUGAUUGGUGCUCUGUCGGACGUUUGGGGAAGGAAGUCGUUUCUUUUACUCACCGUCUUCUUCACAUGUGCACCAAUUCCUUUACUGAAGAUCAGCCCGUGGUGGUACUUUGCCGUGAUCUCUGUAUCUGGAGUGUUUGCCGUUACCUUCUCCGUUGUAUUCGCUUAUGUGGCCGACAUCACCCAGGAGCAUGAGCGCAGUAUGGCGUACGGCAUGGUCUCGGCCACGUUUGCGGCGAGUCUGGUGAUCAGCCCGGCCAUCGGCGCGUAUCUGAGUCAGGUGUACGGAGACAGUCUGGUCGUAGUUCUAGCUUCUGCCAUCGCUAUGCUGGACAUCUGCUUUAUCCUGGUGGCCGUGCCCGAAUCGCUGCCGGAAAAGAUGAGGCCGGCGUCCUGGGGCGCCCCAAUCUCAUGGGAACAAGCAGAUCCCUUCGCUUCUUUGAGGAAAGUGGGUCAGGACUCGACGGUUCUGCUCAUCUGUAUAACAGUGUUCCUUUCCGUUCUGCCUGAGGCCGGACAAUACUCCAGCUUCUUCCUCUAUCUGCAACAGAUAAUGGGAUUUUCACCUGAAAGUGUCGCUGCUUUCAUCGCUGUCCUAGGAUUGCUGUCUAUUGUUGCACAAACCGUAGUAUUAAGUUUUCUAAUGCGUUCCAUCGGGAACAAGAACACAAUUUUGCUGGGACUGGGAUUUCAGAUUCUGCAGCUCGCCUGGUACGGGUUUGGAUCGGAGCCUUGGAUGAUGUGGGCAGCUGGAGCUGUUGCAGCCAUGUCUAGCAUCACGUUCCCUGCUGUUAGCACCCUGAUUUCCCGCACAGCCGAUCCGGAUCAACAAGGUGUGGGUCAGGGUAUGGUUACGGGAAUCCGUGGGCUGUGUAACGGUUUGGGUCCGGCUCUCUAUGGUUUCAUCUUCUACAUCUUUCAUGUCGAGUUGGACCAAGUUCCAGAGAAAGAACCGGAUGUAACGCAUCACCAAGAUCACCACCAACAGAGUUCAAUUAUCCCAGGACCGCCGUUCCUCUUCGGUGCAUGUUCUGUGCUGCUUGCGCUCCUGGUGGCACUUUUCAUUCCUGAACACCCCCAUAUGGGCGCUCGUGCGGGCAGCUGGAAGAAGCACACGUCACCCCACGGCCACUCGCACAGUCCCCACCCACCUGGAGAGGCCAAAGAGCCUCUCCUACAGGACACUAACGUGUGAUCGGGAGUAUCGAUGGGGCUGAAUUGGCCACGCCCCCUAUUCCCCAUUGAGGAACGAACUGCGCAUGGAGGCUGUUGUCAUUUAUUGAAACGUAAAGCUAUAUCGGAGACACGGUGAGUCUUGGACCUAGAGCUCUACCUUUCUGCAGAGUUUCGUUUAAAUACACCUGAGCUUGAUAAUUAACGUUUAUGGAAAUUACAGACAGGAAGGAAAGUCUCCUGGAUUAAGACAUGCUGAAUCACCAAUAGAGCACCACUUUUUAAAGAAAUGUAUAUAGAAGAACAUAUAUUUAAUGAUGGAUCUGUCCAAAGGCACUAUAGCAAUGGCUUGUAUUUAUUCCUUUUAUUAUUUUUUGUUGUUGUUGCCAAUUUUCUUUCCUUUUUUGUUGCUCAGUUUUGACUGUGUAGAUCUUCAUUACCAUAGUUCACUCAGGGACAUUAUCCUGGUCAGCAAUGUUUCAGAACACAGUGUGUUCCCCUUAUCAGAAGGGCAGAGCAAUGACAUGUAAAUAACAAAAUCCAUUCAUGAAAUGCAAGCAGAUUGAAUUUGUGGAAAUCACUCGUGAAACUUUUCGUAAAGAAUUUGUUGAACAAACUUGUCUAACUCGUUCGUAAAACCAUUUGAGUUGAAAAAUGGUGUAAAUCAUUCCCUAAUACUUCUUGCAAGAAUUUGUGGAGAACAAAUUUAUGCAAGUCAUUCGUUCGUAAGAAUAUCAGCUAAAAGCUUUUGUGUGAAGUGUUCGUAAAAUUGCUUUUCAAAUAUUUAGAGUGGAAAGAAUGGAAGUAAAUCAUUCACUAAACUGUUUACUAGAUUAAGUAAAACAGAUUUGAGUAACUCAUUCGUAAAAACCAUUCAUAAGAAUUUGAGUCAAAAAAUGGUGUAAAUCUUUCCCUAAAACUACUUUCAAGAGUUUUCCUAGAACAAAGUUAUGCAAGUAAUUCGCAAAACUCUGUAAUUGUGUUUGGUUUAAUCGUUCAUAAAAAUACUUGAGGUUUUGAGUGGAAUGAAUUUGCACAACUCAUUCGUAAAACCAUUCAUAAUAAUUUGAGAUUUA